AUGACCGACAGAGCUGCGCAGAUGUCCACAACCAUUCCAACCCACCGAAACGACAACGAUUCGGAUCACGCACAACCCGAAGCGGAUAUCAGUCGCUUCAAUCAACCUUCGAAUAAUCGAUCUAAAGAUGUGAAUCCAGACCAGAAUUCAGGCGAUACUUCAUCCACUCAACAUCGUGAUCAACGAGGAGAACGUCAGACUAAGCGUGAUCGUCAUGCUGACACACAAAAUUCUGGUCAGCAUGUGGAUUCAGGCGACACUUCAUCCACUCAACAUCGUGAUCAACGAGGAGAACGUCAGACUGAUCGUGAUCGUCACACUGACACACGAUAUUCUGGUCAGCAUGUGGAUUCAGGCGACACUUCAUCCGCUCAACAUCGUGAUCAACGAGGAGAACGUCAAACUGAGCCUGAUCGUCACACUGACACACGAUAUUCUGGUCAGCAUGUGGAUUCAGGCGACACUU